GCUGUCACCUCUUAACAUCCUCCCUCCCCAAUCCUCCUCCUCCUCUUCCUCCUCCUCUCUCACCGUUUCUCUUUCUACAUCUCACUCCUCUUUUUAAUCGUCUGGUUUUUUUGCUCCUCCUAACCCGGCCCUGUUCUGGAGAGUCGCGCGACGAAACCGCCUCCCUUGCCCUGAACCGCCCGCAGACCGACCUCCCCCCUCGGGGUGACAUGAUGCGAGACGAACGGAACCCCACCAUGAAUCCUAGAAAGUUCCUCGGCCGCCGCGAGAAGAAUGGCGAUCACCGUCGCGGUCGAUCCUCCGAUCCCGCCCACAAGCACCGACCUCUAUCCUCUGAAUUGUUUCUUUCCCUGUUCAAAUCCGAUCCCACGAAGCAAUCUCUGAACAGUGUUGCGACGGAGCAAGAAAAGGAGGCCGCCAAGAUCGAAGACGUACGACGACGAGUUUCCGAGCUAGACUUUCCCGUCCUGAGCGACGACCAGAUUCGCUAUUCCCUCGAAGCUGGUUAUUCUUCUGGCGAUGUCGACAAAGCUAUCGAGCUGCUAAUGUUGCAGCACAAGGCCCUCACUGGCAAGAUCGUCAGUUACAAUCCGGCUGUCCACAUGCUCGGCGCCGAGAAUAGAGGGAACGUAACCUGUUACCUCGACUCUCUCCUCUUCGCCAUGUUUGCCAAGCUCGAAUCUUUCGAAUGCAUGCUCAAGAAUGACUCGAUGGACGAGCCGCAGAAGCGGCUGGCUGCGCUGCUACGGCUUUGGAUCAAUAUGCUGAGGAGUGGGAAGCUGAUCGAAACGAACAUGACCGAGAAAAUCCAAGACGCAUUGGCUGCGUGCGGUUGGAAGGAGGCGCAGUUGCUAGAACAGCAGGACACAUCAGAAGCCUUCGCCUUCAUCACAGAAACUCUCCAGCUUCCCCUCCUUCCUCUGCAGGUUGACCUAUUCCACCAAGGCAAAAAUGACGAUGCGGACCACAAGGUUGUCUACGAAAGGCUGCUGAAUCUCGCAGUACCGUCUGAUACCGACGGCAAGGGAAUAAGGCUAGAGGAUUGCUUAGAGGAAUACUUUAAUUCCCAGGUUGACGUUCUGAGGGACAGUCUAGACGAAAAGAAAGCUGAAGAGCGAGCUAAGAAGUCGCCGUCGACGCCGAAAGCGCCUGACCCUCCAAGCACAGCAAGGAAUACCAUUCGGAUCGUUACCGAUGACCAAUACGACCCUUCUACGCCCUCUCCGCACGAUGAUUCACAUCUAGAGCGAAGAGGGAGGGUAUCCAUCAACGCCCACGCCUCCACCAUGCCACCAACCCCCGAAACAGAAUCCUCGGGAUCCCAAUUAGCGUUGCGACGCCAUCGAAGUCGGACGGAAAGCAUAAUCCAGCGAGUCGUGCUUGAGGAGCAGGGUAAAUCUUCCGAGUCUGACACCGCAACCUUAUUCGAUAGAACCAUGAGGACGGCGUCCGUGGUCACAGCCGUGACGAUACCCGCCUGGCAAUUCUUUAAGCUGAUACCUUGGCAUUCGCCCGCGGGUAAAGAGCCGGAAAGCGACCUCGAGGUCGCACGGCACUUCAACCAACGUCCCGUUGUCGGUAUCUGCUUGAAGAGGUACAUGAUGGAUGAGAGGGGCAUCAUGAAGCGCCAGAACACAUACAUCGACAUCCCAGACAGCAUGCGGCUGCCUCAUUUCAUAAUGGACGAGAGGCAUGUAGAAGCUAACGGGCUGGCCGCUGAUUACAAACUUGUACUUCAGUCUGUGGUUUGUCAUCGAGGGGAUUCGUUGCACUCCGGACAUUAUAUAUCGUUCUGCCGCAUAGCCCCAAAGCUGCUUACUGAUAAUCGCAGACACGAUAGCGACCCCCCUCCGGAUUAUGAAGAGGCUCAGUGGGUUAAGUUCGACGACCUCGCGACGGAGAACAGGGUAGCGCCGGUCGACGACAUUAAACAAUCGCUGAAAGACGAGAUGCCCUAUCUGCUAUUCUAUCAGAUCGUCCCCAUUGUGGACGUAGCGGAUAGCUCAACGGAGGGCACCGACGCAGAACCGCCGUCAUAUAACGACGCUGCCUUGAAUUUGACAAACUCGGAGACUUCGGCCGCGCAAAGCCAGGAUAGACUCGUGGUGUCCCGUCAGCCUAGUAGCUACUUUGAAGGGACGGGUGCUCAGCCAUCGUCCAGCGGCAGCGUGCGAUUCUCGGCCGAGUUGGAGCAACUACCGCGUCGUAGUUUCGCCGACGAAGAUGGAUUCCUUACUGUAUCUCGCCGAGGCAGUAUCCCCAGUGACUUAAAUAUGACAAGUUCAGGGUUGUUAGCAUUGGACGGGCCUUCGCCAGCUGUCACGCCGGGCGAAGAACCUACUACGGCGCAGAGGUUUAGCCGUGCGGCUGCGAGGUUCCGAGGCGGUAACAAGAGCCGACCACAAAGCCAAGCCGGUGAAGGCCGGAUAAGCCUGACGGUGGCAAGAAUAGGGGGUUUGAUGAAACCGAGCAAGGAACCACUUAAAGACUCGGCGGCAACGGACACCGACGAUGACUUCGAGCUUAUUAACGCGAGUGAGCAGAGGGAGACGGAUCUGGAUACAGCUCCCGCUCAGAAGAGGGGCAAAUCGGGCACACGAUUUGAUAAAGGGAAAGGAAAGGAUAAGAAAGCCAAUGUACCUGAUAGGGAAUGCAUUGUGCAGUAGUACUUUUAUUUCUGCCCACAGAUGGGGCAGGUCUAAUUGUUUUGAUAAACGAGAUACCCGGCAGGCGUUUGGCGAUACUGAACUUUUGUCAAGUUCCACCAGGAACCAAGGAGAAAAAGAAGACACGGCAACGACAGUGACAUGUUCCGUUUGUGGACGUACGC